CACAAAUCAAAUCCCCCGCCAUAAUCAACAAACCUUCACAAAAAUCAGUUACUCCCAAAGUCUACAACAAUGGCUUCCAUCACAAUUCCUCUCUCUCCACCAAAUCCACACUCACUUUCCUCUCGCAAUUCAUUCUUCUCCUCUCCUUCAUUUACAAAACUACUACGAUCUCCUCCAUCUUUCUACUUUUCAUUUGAUCGUAAAUCAUCGCUAUCUGUUUCAGCUUCUUCUUCGACGAGAGCGUUAGAAGCUUUGAUAUUUGAUUGUGAUGGAGUGAUUUUGGAGUCUGAACAUCUGCAUCGACAAGCGUAUAACGAUGCCUUCUCUCAUUUCAAUGUGCGUUGUCCUAAUGAUGAUGAUAAUGGAAAGCUGAAUUGGAGUCUCGAGUUUUAUGAUGUGCUGCAGAAUCAAAUUGGCGGUGGAAAACCUAAAAUGCGAUGGUAUUUUAAGGAGCAUGGAUGGCCAACUUCAACAAUCUUUCAGAAUCCUCCGGAGGAUGACAAUGAUAGAGCCAAGCUGAUUGAUACCCUUCAAGACUGGAAAACUGAGAGAUACAAAGAGAUAAUCAAAUCUGGAACUGUUAAGCCGAGAUCGGGAGUUUUAAGAUUGAUGGAUGAGGCCAAGGCUGCUGGCAAGAAGCUCGCUGUCUGCUCCGCUGCAACCAAAAGUUCAGUUAUACUGUGUCUUGAGAAUCUUAUAGGACUUGAUCGGUUCCAUGGUCUUGAUUGCUUCCUUGCAGGUGAUGAUGUAAAAGAAAAAAAGCCUGAUCCUUCAAUAUACAUUACAGCUGCCAAGAAACUUGGUGUCUCGGAAAGCAAUUGUUUGGUGGUGGAGGAUAGUGUCAUCGGGCUACAGGCUGCAACUGGCGCUGGGAUGUCGUGUGUGAUAACCUACACUUCAUCUACUGCGGAUCAGGAUUUCAAAGAAGCCAUAGCAAUCUAUCCUGACUUGAGUGAUGUUAGAUUUAGCGAUUUAGAGUCACUUCUUCAAGCUGUUGUGGUCGCGAAAUAGGGUAGAGGGAUGAGUCCAUUAUACUAGAGUUUCGAAGCUGAAACAGCAGAUUUCUCGGCAUCCGAAAAGAAGAUGUUGGCAAAGCUAUUUCAAGAUCCUGAAUGUGUAGUUGGAGGUUCUUGUGCUGCUUGUAUUCUUUUUGUUCUAAAAUAAAUGUUCAUAACUAUUCAUUUUGUGUAAACUAACAGUUAUCACGUUCCAUUCAUAAUACUUAAAACUCUGUAUAUGUCAAUAUAAUGUAAUCCUAUUUGCCAA